AUGCCACACCCUGACAUGACAGUACACGCUGUGACUCUCGACCCAGGCUCCUCUGAGUACCAAAAUAUCAUGAGCAAAUUUCAAGCAACCGGUGGCGGAGUGCAGAUUCAGAAAAUCGUGCGAGUUCAGAAUCCUCAUCUUUACAAGCAGUACAUGGUACAAAAGCAGAAAAUAGACAGAGAUAAUGGAGGAAACAACGAACGACAGCUUUUUCAUGGAACCGACGCUAAGAAUAUAUGUGCAAUAAACACAGAGGGGUUCAACAAAAACUUUUGUGGGGUACACGGUAAGUGCUUCUUUGGGCAGGGGUGUGAGGAACAAGUCUAGUUUCUCAUUAAUAUACGCCCCAAAAAGUAGUCGCAAAAAGAAGUUGAGACUAAAAAUGUUUGGUCUAUUUUUGUUUAAAGGGUGUUUUUAUUUUAGUCUUUACUUUUUAGAGUAUGUAUGUGGUUUUUAUUAACACGUUUGUCAUGGUAGACGGUACCACAGUACUAGUAAUACCGUUAUCAUAAUAAGGUAUAAGUUUUUAAGAAUUUGAUCUUUAUCAUUAUUAUUAAUUAUUAUUAUAAUAGUAAGGAAAACUGCUGCUGGUAAAAAAGCAAAAAAUGGGAGUUGCACAGUGGCAGUUCUAACAAGGUUGAGGGCUAUUUUUUAUGUUUUCAAAAGAAAGUUAUGUUACAGUUCAUAUGUAAGACCAUUCAUAGUCACUCGUGACUGAAGUUUGUUUCUUUUCCUUCCAGGAACAGCCUAUGGGCGCGGUCUGUACUUUGCCAGAGACGCAUCUUACUCAGUUGGAUAUGCAAAGGGUGAGAUUGGGGGCCGCUUUAUGUACCUUGCGAGGGUCCUGGUUGGGAAAUAUUGUGCAGGUAACUCUGGUAUGAUCGUCCCACCACCAAAGAACCCUUCCAGACCGGAGAUUUUGUACGAGUCUGUGGUUGAUAACACAGGAAACCCAUCCAUCUUCGUUGUUUUCUACGAAGCACAGUGUUAUCCUGAAUAUCUCAUAACCUUUUAA